AUGGUCCUCCAUCUGUCACGCUCAACACGCUUGAGCGUCGUGAUCGGUAUCUCGACAUGUUUCUUUCUAGCUGAGAUCUCGCUGGGAUUCUAUACCCACUCCAUUGCGUUGAUUGCGGAUGCUUUCCACUAUCUGAAUGAUCUGGUUGGAUUCAUUAUCGCACUUGUUGCGUUGAAGAAAUCCGAGCAGAUUGAUUCGCCGAAGGAGCUAUCUUUUGGAUGGCAGCGGGCUCAGUUACUCGGUGCUUUCUUUAACGGUGUUCUGCUGUUCGGGUUGGGUAUUAGCAUAUUUUUGCAGUCUAUUGAGCGGUUUAUUGCGCUUCAAUAUGUGAACAAUCCAAAGCUGAUGUUCAUUGUGGGAUGCGUGGGGCUGGGACUGAAUAUUCUCAGCGUCGUUUUCCUUCACGAGCAUGGACACGGCCAUGACCAUGGUCACGACCAUGGCCCAUCGACAGUUGAAGCCCCGGUGCUUCACAUAGAGGAGCAUUGCCAUGAUUCCAGCACCAAGCAUCAUGAUCACAAGCACAUCCAUUUCGAGAAGCAUCACUGCGCAAACUCAGGCGACCACAGUCAUGACCAUAGUCACGGCCACUCACACGGCGACCUAGGCAUGACAGGUGUAAUGAUCCACGUCAUUGGCGACGCAAUCAACAACCUAGGCGUCAUGGCCGCCGGUCUGAUAAUCUGGCUCGCAACGCCGCAUGCCGGCCGAUACUACGCCGAUCCGGGCGUGAGCAUGUUCAUCGCCAUCUUAAUUAUCCUAUCGUCUUUCCCUCUGAUGCGCCGAGCUGGUCUGAUCCUGCUGGAAAGCGUGCCGACAGGCCUUGAUAUGAGCGAUGUCAAACACGAUCUGGAAAAGAUCAAAGGCGUGAACUCCAUCCACGAGCUGCAUAUUUGGCGUCUGAACCAGCGAAAAACACUCGCAUCGGUACAUGUCGUUGUAUCUGAGAACUCGGUUGAGGAUUUUAUGAAGACGGCCCGUGUUAUUAAGGAGUGUUUCCACGCUUAUGGGAUUCACUCGAUUACACUGCAGCCCGAGCUGGAGGAUGAGGAUGUUGGGGAUACCUCGGGUAGUGAUGAGCCUGUGAGGUGUCAGGUUCUUUGUGGGGCUGUUUGUGAGCAGUUGACUUGUUGUGGGUAG